AUGGCGCCCACGCGAGAGGAUUCAGACCUUGCCUCAGAGGAAGGCGAUCUGGAUGGCUCUCCUGAAUGUAGGGAGCAUUCUGAGAGCCCUCUUUCCACAAAUGCUGACCCCACUGAUAAGCGGGCAAGCCCGGAAACUCGUCUGGAGCACAUAUUUGGCAGUAAAGCGGACAUAAAGAACAUGCUGUCGGAGCUGAACGCAUAUUUCUCAGCCGACAUCAUGCUGGUCCGAGAAGACCUGGGGGUCAUGACAUCUUGA